AGUAGUGUUGCGCCUCCGAUUACCUGAGGCGUGGGUUAUAAAUUUGUUGUUUUUUUUUCAUCUUCCUCCAAAGGGUCCCAAGGUUCGAAUGAAACCAAGAGGAUUCAGGAAUAUAAAGUCACAGUUACUGGAGGAGCAUGCACAUAGCUCUCAUAUCGUCGUCGUCGUCGUCUCUGUUUGUUCAUGCUCACGCUCCAACACUCUGGAUUAGUUGCCACUGCGGCUUCCUACGAACCACACGUUUCAAGGAGUAUAUCCGUCAGACUUUCUAAUUUUUUUUUAUUCUUUCCAUCCUCCUUUUAUUACUGAUCAGAUUUAAGUGUAUACAUUUAUAUAGAUUAUAGUCAAGUGAUAAAACACUUCUUUUUUACAUAUAUAUAUACCACCGCAUAUUUUCAAUCACAAAACCAAUAUUCAAGAAUAUUGACAAAUCCUUGUUAGGAUUAUCUAAACUGAGUGCCAAUUUCUUCUAUUAUACAUUGUGAGGACCGAAUGUAAGAGAUGAGUGUAUCGUGACUUUCGGUGAAACCGGUUUUCCACAUGAAAAGAGUUGUGUGUAUAUGUUUUAUACGUCACUGGAAUCAUCCAAGUUAUAGGUUUUAACGGGAUGAAAACCGGGAUUCCGUCUGACUUUGCAACUGUCGGAUCAACCAGAAAAGGGAAAAUUCUAACGGAAGCUGUGUCGGUUCUGCUUUCAUUUUAGAAAGAAAAACAAUCUUCUUCUGUGUAUUAACUAAAAAGAGUGCGUGUAUAUUAAAGCAGAACGGAGAGCAUCUGGUAGCCAAAAGCCAUAAAACUAAGCCGUAUGUGGAUAUAUAGUUAUACAGAAUUUCUUCGAAGUAUCUUGUUACACAGGGAAGGGAAACCAGUUGCCUCAAUGUCACAGUCAAAGAGAAAAUGAUCCAGAAUCUUUUUCUUUUUUUGUACAUCUCAUUCAAGAGUCAAGAUUAUAGAACAACUACGCACACGCUGAUAAAAUCCUAAUUCUUUAAAAAAAAAAAAAAAAAACUCUUUCCCAAUAUGUUUUCUUAUCUUCAUUUUAUUAUACAAGACAAACUUCCACCCACAGAUAUAAAAAAAAUUUCAAAAUGAUAAGUCAUAGAUGAGUGAUGUUUUCGAUUAAAAAAAAAGGAGACAAGGAAAAAAUUUUUAAAAAGGUUACAAAAACGAGAAUAGGGCAAAAAUUAAAUAGAGAAAUUAAAAAUUUUCCCAACCAGAAUUCAGAGGAGAAUUUUUGUGUUUACAAUAUUAAUUAUUAGUGAAUGAAACAGAAUUAAAAAGAGAAAUAGAAAUGAGUUGAGGAUUUAAUUUAAAAAAAAAAAUGAAAAUAAAUAACAUGUGUGAGAUUUUUUAAAAAUUGUUAAAAUUGACGAAAUUAAGGACAUAAUAAUGGAAUCCGAGAAUCAGAAAAAGUGGAAGCUGAUUUCAUGGAAAAAAUCAGAAUUUUUAAAAGGCCCACAUGAACAUCCAUGGAAAAGGUGACAAUAACAGCAGGAUAAUAAUAGCUAAGCCAGUAAUGCGCAAACGACGUGGAUUAGCAAGUGCCAUUUUGGGCCUAACUGUAGGUCUUCUAUUGGGAUUUAUAAUUCUUAAUCAUCGAAUAACCCCACCGACAUCAAUUAUUAAUCGUUUUAAUUUCACAUUUCCAACAAAUAUUAUAGAUCAAAAAAAUGAUAUCACAUCAUCUGGAUUAACAAAUGAGGAACGACUAUUAAAUAAUACAUCAUUAAAUCUUGUUUUUGUCGGUGUAAUGACGGCACAAAAAUAUUUAUCAAAUCGUGCAAAAGCCGUUUAUGAAACAUGGGGUAAAGAAGUACCUGGGAAAAUAGCAUUUUUUGCCUCAGAAUUUUCAACAAUACCUGAAAAUUGUCCUGAUUUACCAUUAGUUUCAUUACCAACUGUUGACGAUAGUUAUCCACCACAAAAAAAAUCAUUUCUAAUGCUUCAAUAUAUGUGGAAUAAUUUUGGUGAUAAAUAUGAAUGGUUUUUGCGUGCUGACGAUGAUGUUUAUGUGAGAACAGAUAGAUUGGAAAAAUUAUUAAGAUCAGUUAAUUCAAAAAGAGCAAUGUACAUUGGACAAGCGGGUAGGGGUAAUUCAGAAGAAUUUGGUUUAUUAUCAUUGGAAUAUGAUGAAAAUUUUUGUAUGGGAGGACCUGGUGUUAUUAUAUCAAGAGAGACUUUAAAAAGAAUUGUGCCACAUAUUAAAUAUUGUCUUAAGAAUUUAUACACAACACAUGAGGACGUUGAACUUGGAAGGUGUGUGAAAAAAUAUGCUGGGAUUCCUUGCACCUGGAGUUAUGAGAUGCAGUCGAUUCUUUAUCACAACAGUAGCGGGGAUCAGGCUUUUACCGGUAAACUUAAAAGAAAGGAAGUUCAUCGUGCUAUCACCCUACAUCCGGUUAAAAGCCCGCCGCAUAUGUACAGAGUACAUAAUUAUAUGAGGGGAUUAAAGAUUCAAGAUCUUCAGCAAAAGAGGAUUCUUCUGCAUAGAGAUAUUUAUUCAAUGGUUUCUAGCUUAGGAGUGAAUGUAGAUAAUUUAAAAAAUUACACCUUAGCCAAUGGUGUAAAUUUAUUUUCCAAUAAAUUCGAUUCGGAGUAUUAUUUAGAAAACACCAAUGUUCUUGGAGUACCGCCUAGUCUGCGGUCAUUUAAACCUCGUUCAAGUGAAGAAGUAAUCCCAUGGAAUUUUAUCUCGCGGUCAGAAUACAGUUUGGAUGAUUCAAAUCCACGUAGAAGAAUACAUAGUGAUGUGAAGGAAGGAUUAGAAGAUAUUACCAGGGAAGUGAUGGCAUCGAUAAAUUCUUGUUCUCGACAACGUGGACGAAUUGUUGAAGAACGAACGGCUCUCUAUGGCUAUCAAAGAGUUGAUUUUUUUGGCGCUGACACUAUUCUCGAUCUUCUUCUUGUUUAUCGAAAAUAUCGUGGUAGAAAAGUAACUCUUCCAGUUAGAAGACACGUGUAUCUUCAUCAACAUUUUACCGGUUUAGAAAUCCGAGAAGUCAUUGAUGGAACGGAAGUUGAUUCAAAAGUAAAAAGUAGUUCAAAGUCCUUAAAAAAUAUUUUCCCAGAUAUUUUUCUAGGAUUGAGUUUUAGUUCAAAAAGCAAUUUAGAUCCAGUUCACAGUAAAAUUAUAAAUUUUAUUCUUCCACUAUCGGGAAGAUAUGAUAUUUUUGAACGAUUUAUACGUAAUUAUGAAGAAGUUUGUAUUAAAAGAGGCGAAAGAACGAAAUUAUUUGUUAUUCUAUUUCCCCAUAAGAAAGAAAAUUCUUUCAAUAAAACAAUAAGUCUUAUUAGUCAAUUGAAAUAUCAUUAUCAAAAUGCUGAAAUUAAUGUGAUAGAAAACUCGGGAAAUUUUUCUAGGGCAAAAGCACUUGAAAUUGGCGUUAGUACAUUGAAAAAUGAUGAUUUGAUGUUUUUUGUCGAUGUUGAUAUUAUUUUUACGCGAUCUGCUUUAAUUAGAAUUAGAUUAAAUACUGUUAUUAAUCUCAGGAUUUAUUUUCCGGUUAUAUUUAGUCAAUAUGAUCCGAAUAUUAUUUAUGGAGAUAAAAAGGAAAAGAUGGAAUUUUUGAUCAAUGAUAGAAGUGGAUAUUGGAGGCAAUUUGGAUUUGGUAUUGUCGCAUUGUACAAGGCUGAUUACAGAAAAGUUGGUGGCUUUGAUUUAUCAAUACAAGGUUGGGGAAAGGAAGACGUCGAUUUUUUCGAGAAAGCUGUGAAAUCAAAUUUGGAUGUAUUUCGUGCUCCAGAUCGUAAUUUAAUUCACAUCUAUCAUGGAGUUGAAUGUGAUUCUGAACUUUCCGGUAUACAAUUAUUAAUGUGUAAAGGCACUAAAGCUGACACUUACGCGGGUACGGAACAACUCGCCGAUUUUAUUUAUCGACAUCCAGAUUACUUACGAUUUGCAAAAACGCGAAGAUUUCGAAAUUCGAAACCAGGGGAAUAAAAAGAAAAAAAAAAAAAAAUUCUCUUGACGAUCUCUAUUUAAAAAUACUCUUUGGAUGUUCAAAUCUAUAUAUGUACAUUGUAAGUAAAUGUGAAUUUCUAAAAAAAAAACCAAAAGAAUGGUAUUUUUUUAAUUUCAAGUCAAAAUUGACUUAUUUACCUCAAUGAGAUUUCUAUUUCAAUAAUUUUAGUGAUUAAAAAAAAAGUUUACGAUUUAAAGUGCAAAAAAAAAAAAAUUUCAAGACUUUGUAAAUAGAAUAUGUAUAAUAUUAAGAAUCAAGACUCCGAGAAAGAAAGGAAGAAGUUAAAAAUGAAUGUAUAAUAGGAAUCGUGUCAUUAUAUAAUAUUUUCAAUAAAUUAAUACUGGAAAUCGCAAAUCGAUGACUGAUAUAUAUAUAUAAAGGUAUAUAUAUACAAUAGCAGUGGAAAAAACGAUUUUUUUGCGCUCAAAUUGUAAAAAGUAUUUUCCGAUUGACUUUUACAAAUAUUUGUAAUUAUUUAUAUAAUUCUUCGAUAUUGUAUAAUAGUUUUAAUGCAAAACAAAAAGCAUUAAUAUUGACAUACGCUUUAUAGCUCUCUCUCUCUAUAAAAUAAUAAAACUGUGCGCUGAAAUAAUAGUUAUA